UCCCUUCCCCUCCCGUCGUCUAUAAAUAGCGCACCAUCACAUCUCACUCCCUCCAAUUCUCCCUACUCUCUCCUUCCCCAAUCGGCAGUACAAGCAAUGGAUAUGGACGGGGAAUACAGCAACUACUGGGAAACCAAGCGCUUCAUCGACUCCGAGGAACUCGAGGGUUGGGGCUUCGAGGAGGCCAUCUCCGGUGGCUACUACGACUCCAGCUCCCCGGAAGGCGGCGUCACGUCUCCUGCCGCCACUGCGAAGAGCAUUUCCAUGGAGAGGAACCGCCGGAAGAAGCUCAACGAGAAGCUCUACGCCCUCCGCAGCGUCGUCCCCAACAUCACCAAGAUGGACAAGGCUUCGAUCAUAAAGGACGCGAUCGAUUACAUCGUGCAGCUCCAAGACCAAGAGAGGCAGAUGCAAGCUGAGAUAUCUGCGCUUGAAUCGCUGAAUCAAGACAGGGCUUCAACUGAUCAUGACCUCGACUUCUACGAUGAUCUGCAAUUGAUCCAGAGGAAGAAGAAGAAGAAGAGGACGUCUGCGUCGGAACCGAUCCAAGUAAUCGAACUCACAGUGAGCGAAGUGGGGGAGAAGACGAUGGUGAUCAGCAUCACCUGCAACAAAAACAGAGACACCAUGAUCAAGCUCUGCGAGCUCUUUGAGUCCCUCCACCUCAAGAUCAUCACGGCCAACAUCACCUGCGUCUCCGGCAGCCUCUUGCAUACUCUGUUCGUCGAGGGUGAUGAAAUGGGGGCUGAACAGUUGAAGGAAAAGAUUGAGACAGCAAUAACAGGACUUGGGAGCCCGAGGAGUCCUGUGGGUUCCAUGAGUUACUAACAUGGAACAGAAGACAGCUUCUUACAUGAUAAUUAUACAGAAAGAGAAAAAAAAAAUGCAAAAUUGAGGAGUAAGUUGUGAGUUAAUAAUACUGCUAUUUUUCCAGCUUCUAACUCUGAGAAGAGGCUGUUGACUGGUGUCAGCCAGGAGCAGGAAAUCCUUUUUGCUUCAAAUAAAUAAUGUCUAAUAUAAAUUAGUGGGGUUUGGUUUGA